AUGAGUCCUCCUAAAGAUCCUAAACUUGCUGCUCAAAUUGUUUUUGGCCUGGUCAUUCUCAUCAUCGCACUGCAUCUCGCACUCCCCAGAUUUCAGCAAGUUGAGUUGGUCCUGGAACUCAUUUCUGAAGUAGUUAGGACCCUUGUCAGCAUUGUUGUUCUACUUCUACGGUUAAUACGCGAUCUUCACCAGAUAAUCUCAAUGACACAUGAUAGGUUUCAGCAAGUUGUGUCAGCCCUAAAACUCAUUAAUGAUGUAGUUGGAUCCCUUGUUGAUACGCAUAUGCACAAGGAUUUGGUCCAUUUGGACUGCAAGACAACCUGUUGUUGUUGCCAAUAACCACCAGAACGAAGUCCCACUUGUUGAUAUUAACUAUGUCCAGAAAGAUAUCCCACUUACUGAUGCUGAAGCUGAUGCUGCGAAUGGCCAAAACGAUA